AUGUCAAAACCGACUCUGAUCUUCGCAGCGGGUGCGUGGUACCCGCACACAAUCUUUGAUCCAAUCAUCGAAAAGCUCCCCGACUACCGCAGCCGGAGUGUCGCGUUCCCCUCCAUCCAACAAGCGACCUCCGUCGUCGACCUACAGCCAGACAUUGAUGCUGUCAGCUCACUCGUCCAGCAGGAGGCAGAUGCAGGCCAUGAUGUCAUUGUCAUUGCGCAUAGCUGGGCCGGGCUACCGGUCAGCAGCGCGUUGGAUGGACUGAGCAAGUCAGAACGUGAAAAGUCCGGCCAAAAGGGGGGAGUCGUGAAACUCAUAUUCAUCGCGGCUUUCCUUCCCAAUGCUGGUGAGAGUCUGAUCGGCGCGUUUGGCGGGAUGCCCCCGCCAUGGUAUGUGCUUGAUGAGGAAAAUGGAAUCGUGACACCGAGUGAUCCGCUCGUGCUGUUUUUCCAUGAUGUUCCCGAUGGCGCGGAAUGGGCCAAAUUGCUCAAGCCCCACGCUUGGGCGACCCAGAACGCCCCCGCCACCGGUGCGGCAUAUUUCAAUAUUCCAACUGCCUAUCUCUUGUGCGAGGAUGAUCGCGCGACUCCUUUGCCGGUCCAGCAGGUCCUGGUAGAGCGAGCUCGACGCAAGGGGGCAGAGAUUGACACCGAGAAGAUUAAGACUGGGCAUACACCGUGGUUAGCUAUGCCUGAUCAGUUUGUUGCUUAUAUCAAGAAACAAGCCGGUGAAUCGGUAUAG